AGAAUCUGAGCACUUGUGGAAUCCCAAAUCAAGAGCUUGGCAUCUGUGCUGAGGGAUUCAGCUCUGGAGGUCCUGACAGUCAGGUCUGAAAGCCAGCAGCCAGAGGACACCAGUGGAACCAGACCCUGCACCAUCCAAGGACUCUUGUGGAGCCCACUAGCUGCUUGCAGGAGCUGAGCAUAUCUCAAGGUGCCUUUCAGGCAGAGGGAGCAGCACAGGCAGCCUACUCAGGAGCUGACAUGCAGCAGAAGAUCAGCUCUUUCUUUAAUUCCAUCUUGGAGCUCAUCCGUACCAAGCAUGAGGAAGGCGUCUUCAACACCGUCUGCCUGGCCGUGCUGUUGGGUCUGCCCUUCGUUGUCCUCCUCGCCUUCAUUUUCAUCUGCUGUCACUGCUGCUUCUGCAGAAGGAGGGGAGAAAGCACUGGGAAAGGUGGCCCCAGCAGCAAUGGGCAGCUGCAUGCUGAGAGGAACAAGAAGAAAAAGAAGAAGAAGAAGAAGCAGGAUGAAGAGGACCUGUGGAUCUCAGCUCAGCCCAAGCUGCUCUUGCUGGACAAGAGACCCUCCUUGCCCAUCUAGCAGACAGGAGGGUGUUCAGGUCCUCUCCUCUGAGGUGCCACCAUUCCUUUCACCUGUGCACCAAGAGGGGCGAGGAGACACCAAAGCUGCUGCCACUUUGUGGUGACUUUUGACAGAGGCUGACCCCAGCAUGCUGAAGGGCCAACAGGAAACAAGGCACAGGUUGUGCAAGCCUCUUCUCCCCCACCGUGACAGCAUGCCCCGGGGCAGAGACCCCUGCAAAGGACAGGUGAGCACACAAGGGUGACUGCCACCGGGUCCUACGUCCCUCCUGCCACGAGCACAGUGCACACACGUGGGGCUGGCACACAGCGAAGGGCGUGCGAGGCUCUCCCUCUGCGCUCGGCUGCCAGCACACAGACAGGGGUGCACAGGACAGCCUUCACCCACAGACCAAGCCAGCUGCACGCUCCCCCUGCGCCACACAGACUGCUGUGAGUGAAGCAGGCACAGACACACCUCCUUUGCUUGCCCUGCCAUGGAGGUGGCACAGCUUCACUGUCGAGGCUCCGUCCAAACCCAACUCGCUUUAUAGACACAAAGCUGAGUUACCCCACAGCUUAAAGAUGUGCCAUCUACCCGGCCACCAAACCAAAGUCUCUUGUGAGCACCUGAAGCUAGAUGCCCUCAGCACAACCUUGGAGACCUCAGACACCAUCCUAAGGCAGCACAGCAGAAGGAUGCCUUGCCACCUAGGCUAGAGGCAGGAAGGAGAGAGGAGGCUGCCAGACCAGCCCUUUUGCACCAGCACUUAAGAAAACACCUUCCUUGAAAGACUGUUUAAUACAAACUUGCCAUUAAAGAGCUCACCAUGCUGCUGCAAGAGCAGAAAUACAACCUGAGGCUGUGUAAAAGCUUUGCUAUGGGCAUUAGAGUUAUUUAUUAAAUGACUACUAAAGAAGAGCAGGACCAAAGGCCCCUCUGGAGUGAGCCAGGGACAUGGAAGCAGUAUUGAAGCAGCAGACAUGGUUUCCUGGCACACUCAGCCAUCACCUCUCCCUGCAGCCCUU